GAGUACAAGUACUUCCAGAGAAUGACUACCACAUCCCAUGUGGAAGGUAAACAGAAUGCUCUGAUAAUGGGUAAAAAAACCUGGUUCUCCAUUCCUGAGAAGAAUCGUCCCUUAAAAGACAGAAUUAAUAUAGUGCUCAGCAGGGAGCUCAAGGAAACCCCAAAAGGAGCACAUUACCUUUCCAAAAGUCUGGAUGAUGCUUUAGCUCUUUUGGAUUCACCAGAGUUAAAAAGUAAAGUAGACAUGGUUUGGAUCGUCGGAGGCACUUCAGUUUACAAGGCAGCAAUGGAGAAGCCAAUUAAUCACCGAUUGUUUGUGACAAGAAUUUUGCAUGAGUUUGAAAGUGACACAUUUUUUCCAGAAAUUGACUACAAGGACUACAGACUUCUCACUGAAUACCCGGGUGUCCCUGCUGAUAUCCAGGAAGAGAAUGGCAUCCAGUACAAAUUUGAAGUGUAUGAAAAAGCUGUCUUGGCACAAUAAAUGAAGCUUUCUGUACUUCCGUGUAAGGGCAGGCAUUUUAAAUCAUGAAGUCUUAUUGAGUGCAAAUAUAUAUUAAAUUGUUGGGAGAAAAUCCUGCUUGAUAGUACAAUACCUCAGUAAUGAAUUAUUGUAAAAACCACACCCCACACUCUGAAUAUACACCCUGUGGUGGAAACAUGAAGGUGGUUAGCAGCAU